AUGAAAGCUCUCUGGUGGGUGGCCAUUGCCCUCGCCCUUCGUUCCUUAUUCGGUUCAUCCCACGGUUCAUCCAGAGAUCAGGAUCGCCCCGCAAGUAGGGGCAGACGUUAUGAUUCUCGGAGACGAAGAGAAAGAACGAGGAGUAGUAAGCGAUAUGAAUAUGACGGAGAUGCGGGAGAUUUCGAGAGAUUGAGUGGAUUAGGCGAGACUCUUCUCGAUCUUCUUGGAACUGAAACGAAGAGCAAGAAAAGAACGGAGAGAAGAAGGGGAAGUGAAAGUGGAGGGCAGGGGGGCAGGAGGAGGAGAGGUAGUUUUGCUUACUAG